UAAAAUAAUACUACUACUACUACGUAACAACACAUGGCUCUGAGAAGUAGACUCAUUUAUACAUUGAAUUAAAGUAAAAUUUAAAUAAUUUUUUUUAAAGAAGAAGAAGAAGCUUUCUGCUUUACUGGUGGAAAACCACAAUAAUAAAAUUAAGAUUCUUAAUUAGUGAAAAAUGUAUUAAGUGGUAUCGCAUUAAUUGAUUUAAUUAUGGCAGUAACAACAGCUUCUGGAAUUCCUGACAAACAUUGGCAACCACCAUUUGUUUCCCUUGAAACAUCAAUGGGAGAAAUAAUUAUUGAACUCUAUUGGAAACAUGCACCAAUUACUUGUAGAAAUUUUGCAGAACUUGCUAGACGUGGAUAUUACAAUGGCACAAAAUUCCAUAGGAUAAUUAGAGAUUUUAUGAUUCAAGGAGGGGAUCCAACCGGGACAGGAAAAGGAGGAGUGUCCAUUUAUGGAGAAUGUUUUGAUGAUGAAAUUCAUGAUGAUUUGAAACACGCUGGAGCUGGAAUUUUGUCGAUGGCUAAUUCUGGUCCAGAUUCAAAUGGAUCUCAAUUUUUUAUUACACUGGCUCCAACUCAAUGGUUAGAUGGAAAACAUGCCAUUUUUGGACGAAUUCACAGUGGAAUGGCAAUUGUAAAAAGAAUUGGACUUGUAGAAACUGAUAAAAAUGAUAGACCGAUCGACGACGUUAAAAUAGUGAAAUCAUCAAUCGUGCAGUUCUCGAUCUUGGAGCAGUAGAACCCGUUCCAAUACUAAACAUUCCACCAGCAGGAGCUGUGAAAUUACUUGUUCCUGGUGCCGGUGCAUUAAAAGUUGUUGUCGUUGAUGCGCCAAAAUUAAUACUUGGUCCUGCU